AAAUAAAUAACAUGCGAUGGAUAUUAAGUUUAUAUGGAAAUACAUCUAAUAUUGAAGAAUUAGAGGAUGCCUCAAAUGCUUUUAAUGUCGAGGAAAUCGAAGAAGAAGAAAUCCAUGAAAAAUUUGAAAAUAAAGAAGGUGAUUGUUAUUUCAAAACAGGGAAAAUAACAAAUAUUACAGAAAAGGAGAUUAUAAUCGAUGAUAAUUACACAUUUCCUUAUGAUAGUGAUUUCGAAAUGAACCAAUUAGUUUCAUACACAACAUACUUUGAAGAUGAUCUGGAAAAAGUAGCUAACCUAAAAAUUAUUGAAGAUGAUUUGAGCACAAGGAAAAUUAAUAAACAAGCAACCUGGUGUUUUUAAACACUUAUAUAUAACUAAUUAAACGCGAAUAUCGUAUACUUUAUGUAAAUCCAGGAAAUUUACAAUAUUUUAAAUUGAAUAGAUUUAAAAAUUAAUUUGAACCUAACUUCACUUGUAUUUACGUCCUUAAUGUCAAUAAACUUUCAAAUUCACUCACGUUGUAAAGUAAGGUUAUGUGUGUAAAAUAAAACCUAAGUAAAUACGAUGAGAUGUUAUUAAAUUUAUUUGGAAAUACAUCUAAUAUUGAAGCAUUAGAGGAUGCUUCAAACGCUUUUAAUAUCGAAGAAGAAAACUAAGAAAAAUCUGAAAAUAAAGGUGAUUGUUAUUUCAAAACGGGUAAAAUAACAAGUAUUACAGAAAAGGAGAUUAUAAUCGAUGAUAACUACACAUUUCCUUAUGAUAGCGAUUUCGAAAUAAACCAAUUAGUUUCACACAUAACAUACUUUCAAGAUAAUCUGGAAAAAGUAGCUAACCUAAAAAUUAUUGAAGAUGAUUGAAGUGUAAGGAAAUUUGAUAAACAAGCAACGUGGUUUUUUUAAAUACUUAUAUACAACUAAUUAAACGUGAAUCUCGUAUACUUUAUAUUAAUCCAGGAAAUUUGCAAUAUUUUAAAUUAAAUAGAUUUAAAAAUUAAUUUGAACCUAACUUCAUUUGUAUUUUUGUUCUUAAUGUCAAUAAACUUUCAAAUUCACUCACGUUGUAAAGUAAGGUUAUGUGUGUAAAAUAAAACCUAAAUAAAUACGAUGAGAUGGUUAUUAAAUUUAUUUGGAAAUACAUCUAAUGUUGAAGCAUUAGAGGAUGCCUCAAACGCUUUUAAUAUCGAGGAAAUCGAAGAAGAAGAAGAAAACCAAGAAAAAUCUGAAAAUAAAGAAGGUGAUUGUUAUUUCAAAACGGGGAAGAUAACAAAUAUUACAGAAAAGGAGAUUAUAAUUGAUGAUAAUUACACAUUUCCUUAUGAUAGUGAUUUCGAAAUAAACCAAUUAGUUUCAUACAUAACAUACUUUGAAGAUGAUCUGGAAAAAGUAGCUAACCUAAAAAUUAUUCAAGAUGAUUGGAGCAUUACGGAAUCUAAUAAACAAGCAACAUGGUGUUUUAAAACACUUAUAGUACAACUAAUUAAACGCGAAUGUCGUGUACUAUACGUAAAUCCAGGAAAUUUACAAUUAAAUUUAAAUAAUGUUAAAACAGAAUUUAUUCCAAUAGAAGGAGAUUGGUUACAAAUCGAAGCCAAAUGCAUUCUUGAUGAAACCGAACGUGAUUUAAAUAAAAAAGUAGUUGAAGUGGUUAAAAUAAACCCUUUACGGCCUAAAAUUAUUGAAGGUGUUGUUAAAAAAUGGAAUCAAUUUGAUGGGGAAGGCCAAAUUAAUUCAAACAUAUUUUUUAAUCGUGAAUCUCUUUGUAUGGGGUUUUCACCAAAAAUUGGUGAUAAAGUUAUAACCGAGAUUAUUGAAAGUGAACAAGAUAGGUGCAAUUGGAGGUCUAUUAAGAUUAUACCAAAUUCACAUGGAAAUUUUGGUCUAAUUAAUAAAUUUAAAACUCAACGAGAAAUUGAAGAUGACAAUAUUGAAAUUGAUGAUGAAGUUAGCAUUGAUUUUUGUUAUUUAAACGAAGAAAAAUCGUUUCGAUUUCGAAUUAAAAAUAAAAAGGAUGUGGAUGUAAUUUUGAGUGGGGUUGAAACUCAAAAUUUAGGGGGAUUUAUUAAAAUCGAGUACCCCAAUGAAUUUCCUUUAACGAUUAAAAAAGAUGAAGAAAUUUUUUUAAUCGGUUCAUUAAGAAUUAACACAGCUGGGAAUUCAAGAGAAUCGAUUACUUUUCGAUUUGAGGAUACAAUUUAUGUCCGAACUUUAAAUACAACUUUAUUAAAAAAUGAUUAUCAUCCCAGACAACGAAACAACUUUAACAAACAAGAAUUACUUUUUAAAGCGAGGAAUUUUCGCGAAAUCGAUGGAAAUUACAUUAGAGCGUCUCGUUCGAACACAACAAAACGAUUUAUACCAAUAAAAAUUCCCCCAUACAAUAUCCCCGAGAAAUUAUGGAACAUUUUAUUACAAAAUAAACCCAAAGAAGAAAUUAUAGACGAUUUAAAAAAAAAUAAACACGUUUUAAACGAGCCUUUAGCGUUCCAAUUUUACGAGGAUCGUUUCCACACUUUAUUAUACUUGGAAGAAAUCGCCGAAUUAAUUGCAAUAAGAAAAUACGAUCGAGAUCAAACCCCGUUUAUAAAAAACGGUGAAUUUUUAAUGUUAGAAAUUGAAAACUUAAUCGAACAAAGACCUUCAAUUAUGGUAGGCGAUACAAUAAUCAUAAAAGACUCUUAUAACGCAAAUUCAACUUCAUUCGAAGGAAUUGUCGAAAAAGUCGGCGCAAAACAUUUAUAUUUAAAAUUUCACGACUCAUUCCAUAACGGUUAUAACGGCGAAGAUUACUCGAUUCAAGUAAAACCAGCUCGAAUGAAAUUAAAAAGAUUACAUCACGCCGUGUCUUUGGCAGUGCGAAAUUUGGCAAGGGAAAUUUUAUUUCCCACUAAAAUCAUUGUUAAAUCACCCCAAGUUAAUUUUAUCGAACCAAAUCGAUUAAUACAAAACGAGAAAAAUGAUUUACAAUUAAAAUUGGAAUGGUUUAAUCAAAAAUUAAAUGACCACCAAAAAAUUGCAGUGAGAAAUAUCUUACAUGGCGUGUGUCGCCCAAUGCCGUACAUUAUUUUUGGACCCCCCGGAACGGGAAAAACGAUAACUUUAGUCGAGGUGAUCUUACAAACUUUAAGAAUGAUUCCUCAUUCGAGGAUUUUAAUUGCAACUCCUUCGAAUAGUGCUGCGAAUUUGAUUACAACCAGACUUAUUGAGUCCGGUGUUGUUAAUCCGGGGGAUUUGGUGCGAUUGGUUGCUUAUAAAUGUCUUGUUGAUGGCACAAUUCCGCAACAUUUAGCACCGUUUUGUGCCGUUGUUUCAAAUAAACAAAAUAAUGUUGAGAGUGUUACAACAAAUGGAUUGGUUUUAGGAGUUGAUUUUUCUACAAUUGGACGUCAUAGAGUUACAAUAUCCACUUGUAACACAUUCGGAGCUUUAUUUCAACAAAAAUUUGAUAAAGGACAUUUUACACAUAUCAUGAUAGAUGAAGCGGGGCAAGCGACCGAACCCGAAAUAAUGAUCCCAAUGAGUUUUUUGGAUUUACACAAUGGACAGUGUGUUUUAGCAGGAGAUCCACAACAAUUAGGCCCACAAACGAAUUCGGAUAUUUCAAAAGAAUUCGGUUUAGAUGAUUCGUAUUUGGAUCGAUUAAUCAGUCGCUUUCCUUACAUUCGAGACACAAUCGGUUUUCCGGAAACUGGUGGUUAUGAUCAACGUUUCGUCACGAAAUUGUUAAAUAAUUACCGAUCACUUCCCGGAAUUUUAAACGUUCCUAAUAAUUUAUUUUAUCAUUCAGAAUUGAUACCAACUAUAAAUACAACAAAUAGUCCCCAAAUUGAAUUAUUAAACAAAUUAAAACCGAUUUUACCAAAAUCAAUCAAAACCGAUUUAUUCCCUUUUAUAUUUCAUGGGGUAAACGGAAUAAAUCUUCAAAUGAAUGAUUGUCCGUCGUGGUAUAAUCCGGAUGAAGUUAGCCAAGUUUUCUUUUACAUCAAUCAGUUGUAUAGCUGUAACGUUCCUUACACAGAUAUUGGAGUUAUUACCCCCUAUAUUAAGCAAGUGAAAGAAAUAAGAAGCGUUUUAAUACAAGCCGAUUUUGAUGUUCCUAAAAUUGGGACGGUUGAGGAAUUUCAAGGACAAGAAUUUCCGAUUAUAAUUUUAUCGACGGUUCGUUCUAAUCAAGAUAUGAUAAGUACCGAUGUGAAACAUCAUAUUGGAUUCGUUGGUCAAGCUAAAAGAAUGAACGUUGCUUUAACUCGAGCUAAAGCGUUGUUGGUAAUUAUUGGAAAUCCACAUUUAUUGAUGCAAGAUGUGUCUUGGAGAGAAGUAAUUUCAUAUGCUAUUGAAAAUAAAGCUUAUAUUGGAUGUCAAUUACCGUAAUUGUUAUGAUGUUUUUUUUUAGAUAUUUGAAACAAAUUAUUAAUUAAAUUUAAUACUUUUUUAGGUUUAUGACUCUAAAACGAUUAAAAGUUUCUUAAUUAAAUGCAAUAACUAAAUAUGCGUUGAAAAAUAAUGUUUGUGUUGUAUCUACAAUAAAAUUGAAUUCUUUUAAACCUGAAAGU